AUGCUGUGGGUUGGAGGCACGAAGGCUGGAGUAGUGCGAUUCCUAGGAGAUACAGACUUUGCGAAGGGAGAGUGGUGCGGAGUCGAGCUUGAUGAACCUUUGGGAAAGAACGAUGGGGCGGUGGCUGGAACCAGGUACUUCCAGUGCCAACCCAGAUAUGGGUUAUUUGCACCAGUCCAUAAAGUAACAAAGAUUGGAUUUCCAUCUACAACACCAGCCAAGUCAAAAACACCAGCACGGAAAGUGCUACCUACCCCGUCAGGCCUGAAACGAAGCCCCAGCUCCUCCUCCAUCAGCUCCCUCAGCUCAGUUGCUUCUUCAGUGGGAGGCAAACCCAGCCGCACUGGCCUGCUCACAGAGACCUCAUCCCGCUAUGCAAGGAAGAUCUCGGGCACCACAGCCCUGCAGGAGGCGCUGAAGGAGAAGCAGCAGCACAUCGAGCAGCUCCUGGCCGAGCGGGAUGUGGAGAGAGGCGAGGUCGCCAAGGCAACCAGCCACGUGGGAGAGAUCGAGCAGGAGCUCUCGUUGCUCCGAUCAGGCCAUGAACAGUAUGUGUUGGAAAUGGAGUCGAAGAUGGACCAGCUGCGCACGCUGGUGGAGGGGGCAGACAAGGAUAAAGUGGAUCUGGUCAACCAGCUGGAAGAGGAGAAGAGGAAGGUAGAGGACCUGCAGUUCCGGGUGGAGGAGGCUUGCAUUACCAAAGGAGAUCUGGAGACGCAGACCAAACUGGAGCAUGCCCACAUUAAGGAGCUUGAACAGAGCCUGCUCUUUGAAAAGACCAAAGCUGACAAACUCCAGAGAGAGUUAGAAGACACUAGGGUAGCCACUGUAUCUGAGAAGUCCCGCAUUAUGGAGCUAGAGAGAGAUCUGAAGUCCCAAGUGAGAGAGGUGUCUGAGCUCCGCCACAGACUGGAGGCUUCCAGGGGGUCAGGCGAGUCCGACACUGCUGCUCCGCUGCUCGAGGAACUGAGCUCUUUGAGAGAUCAGCUCGCCUCUGUAAGCAAAGAUCACCAAAUCGAACUCCGUGCCUUAAAAGAAAAACUUGAAAGUUCAGAGAAGGCGCGUGAAGCGGAGCUGGCCCAGCUCCAGACUGACCACAAGAAACUCUCCAAAGAGAAUGAAUCCUUGAAGAGCAAACUAAACCAGACCAGACAGGAGAACUCGGACGUCAUUGAACUGUGGCGUUCGAAGCUGGAGUCCGCCAGCGCUUCACACCAGCAAACCAUGGAAGAGCUCAAAGUGUCCUUCAGCAAAGGGGCCAGCGGGCAGGCCACAGAGCUCGUUGAGCUGAAGAGCACUGUGGAGAAGCUGAAGCUGGACCAGAAAAUGAAACUUGAAAAUAUCAGAGCGAAGCAUGUCGCAGAGAACUCCAUGUGCUUCAAAGAGAUCGAGGACCUGAAGACCAAGCUGCUGGAGGUCACCGAGGAGAAGGAGAAGCUGGUGGAGAACCUCAAGACCAAUCUGGAGGACAUAGAGGAGCAGCACCUGGUGGAGAUGGAAGACGCCCUGAACAAGCUGCACAACGCGGAAGAGAAGGUAAAAGAGCUGGAGACGUUUGAGACAAAGGCCAGUGAGCAAACAAAGGCCAUUGAGACCCUGAAGCAGGAGGUGAGGGCCGCGGAGGGCAAGCUGAAGGAUCUGGACUUGCUGAAGAAAGCACAGGAGGAAGGUAUGGUGUUGAUCAGGAGCCUGGAGGAAAAGCUGGAGGCGGCUCAAGCCUUGGUGGUUUCUCAGGGCAGCAAGGCUAAUAACUUUGCCAAAGAGCUUGAGGUAAAAGAUGAGAAACUUUCCAGUCUCGAGCAGAGCCUGGCUGCAUUGAGCCAGGACAAGGCAUCUUUGGAACAGCAGCUGCAGACUUUGAAACAGCACCUUGAUGGCACAGCAGACGAUCACAAGAAAGUCCAACAGACUAUGCAAGCAUCACUUGAAAAACUCAGUGAAAAAGAUGAGCAGUGCUCGUCCCUGUCCAACGAGGUGACGGCCUUGAAAACUAAACUUGCAGAAAUGGAAAGGAAAAUGAAGUCCAGCGAGGAGAGAGCAGAACGGCUGACCAAAGACAAGGCGAAACUGGAGAGCGACAUCACCGAAACGAUGAGGUCAUCGGGGGACAGCUCCGCCCAGCUCACGAAAAUGAACGACGAGCUUAAUCAGAAGGAAAGAAAGUUAGAGCAGCUGCAGACCCUGCUUUCAGAGGCCAAUGAAAAGGCAGCCCAGAUGGAAGAGAGCCUCAAACAGGCGACGUGCAAAGCAGAGCAGAUCCAGCUGGAGAUGAGCAGGAAUCACCAGGCAGAGGUGAAAUCCAUGCAGCAGAGACUGGGAGAGAUGGAACAGAUAAUCGAGAAGAGCACUGCCCACAGCAGGGACUUGCAGGUCACUCAUGAGAAGACCCUUGCAGAAGUGACUGUGCAGAACAAGCAGUUUGUGGACGAGCUAAAGCAGAAGGCACAGCAGAGUGAUCAAGCGCUGGCGAGCGCGCAGGGGAGGAUCAGCGAAAUGGAGGCCAUGAUCGCCGAGCUCAAACAGCACAAGGAGCAAGCUGCGUCUCUAACAUCUGAGCUAGCAUCAGCCAAAGCUGUGGUUGAGCAAUUAACAGAGGAUGUGAGAGAGUUGAACUCCGAAAAAAACAAGUUCAUGCUAGAAGGAGAGAAGCUCAGGUCUGAAAGAGACUUGCUCGUGGAGAAAAUAUCGGAUGUGGAAAUGAAAUAUUCCGACCUGGAAAAGAAGCACCAGAGCCUGCUCUCACAAAGCGAAGAGCUGCGAGGGGAAAAGGAAGGACUGACAUCAGAUAAAAAGCAGUUUGCUCAGGAGGUAGAGAAUCUGAAAGCAGAGAUUGAAAAGUCAGCUGCGGAGACAGAGAGCCUUCAGACCUCCAAGCUGGAAUUGAUAAGCAAACUGGAGGAACUUCAGAAAUCCAUCGAAGCCAGAAAGGUUGAUCUUCUAAAAUAUCAACAGGAGAUUGAGCAUGAGAACACGGCUAAGCAGAAUCUGUUGGCAGAAAAUGAGGAGAUCACCAAACAGAAGGGUCACAUCCUUGAGGAGCUGAAACACACUCAAGAAAAAGCAUCACAAGAGCACAAGAAGCUUGUGGAGGAAAGGGAAGCAGUGGAAGGCCAGAAGAAGGUGCUGCAGGUUGCACAUUCUGAGCUUAAAGGUCAAUACGGCGCUUUAGAAACAGAGAGGGAACAUCUGGCUCAAAUAAACUCAAAGCUGCUCUUAGAAAAAGAGAAACUAGAGAAAGACAAAGCAGACCUUGACUCAAAUCUGCAGAAGACUGUCUUGAAGAAAGACGCCUCAGCAGCCAAAAAUGAAGAGCUUCAGAGCCAACUGAACAGCGUCAAGAAGGACCUGGACAAGUCGCUGCAAGAUACUGCUGAACUCCUAGCCUCCAAAGAAAGCCUGGCUAAACUCCUGGAAGAAAUUAAGACCAGUAGGGAGGUGAAGGAUUCCGAGCGGGUUCAUCUGCUUCAGGAAAAGCUUGCUGCUCAGAGGAGGGUGUGUGCUGAGAAGGAGCAGCUUCUGAGACAGAGGGAGGAGACUUCAGAGAAGCUCCGCCUGUUGGGUGAGGAGGCAGAUGGCACUCAAGAGAAGUUCCGGCAGGAGAAAGAAGCCUUCGGUAGAGAGAAAGAGGCUCUCCAUCAAAAGUGGGUUGAACUCGAGAACAGGUUCCAGGCACUGCUGGAAGAAAAGAAAGCCCUGGAAUCCAAAAUUGAGUGUGAAAAGGAUUCCUUCAUGAAGGGAAGAGAAGAUCUGAUGGAGAAGCAUGAGAAGGAGCUCUCGGAGAAGGCAGGCUUGGCUCUUGAGAGGGACCAGCUUGCAGUCAAUGUUGAGAACAUAAAAGGGGAACUUGAAAAAUCAGCCCGAGAAAACGCUGACCAGCGAGCGGCGAAAGCCAGCCUGUCUUCCCUCUUGGACCAGCUUCAGCAAGGUAAGGAGGCUGUUGAAUCGGCACAUGUUUCCCUCCAGCGGGAAAAAGAUGAACUAAAAGCACAGCUUCAGAAGGAGUGCAUAGAAAAAGAAUCCCUUGUGAAAGAGAAGGUGGACCUGGAAGAGAAGUGUCAGAAACUAGAAACAGCAGAGUCAGCUCACGUGCAGGGUGAGCUGACUCUCGAAAGGGAUGCUGUUCAAAUGAAAAAGGAUUUCCUCAUGGCCCAGCAGAUGGUGCUUGGGGACAAAGUGCAGUCGUUGCAGGAGAAAGAGGAUCUUGCUGUUCAGUAUGAAGACCUGCUGUUGAAGAAAGAGUCCAUUCUUAAAGAGAAGGAAGAACUGGAGUCCCAGCAGAAGCACAGUGCUGAUGAGAAACAAAGUCUACUGGCUGAGAAGGAUGGGCUGGUGUCCAAGAUUAAGGAGCUGCAGAAAGAGGCUGAAGCUUUGUCUCAAGAGAAUGCUAAGUUGCAUGCUUCAGGGUCCAGCCUCUUGAAAGACUUGGAUGCCCUACGCAGCAGCCAAGAGGCGACGGACACUGAUUACACCAAGCUGCUGCAGGAGAAGGAAGACCUGAAGGCUGCUCAUGCAAAACUGCUCUCCAAGAAUCAGGAGCUUCUCAACAAGAAGCAGCAAUUGGAGCAGACGCACAAGGACUUGUGUGAAGAAGCCGCCACUACCGCCAAGGACAAAGAAGAAAUUUCAGCCAGGCUGAGUGCCGUGAGCAAUGAGAAAGAAGCCUUGAUUAAAGGGAAAGAAGACUUGAAGUUUCAGCUAAAGCGCAGUGGGGAUGAGAAACAAGACCUUGUGGCUGAGAAGGACGGUCUGGCUUCCAAGAUUGAGGAGCUGAAGCAUGGAGUGGAGGCUUUGGCUAAGGAGAAGGCUGGGCUUCAGGCCUCGGAGUCCAGCCUCCUUAGGAAGCUGGAAGCACUCUGUAGCAGCCAGCAGGCGAAAGAAGAUCUUCAGGCAGCUCAUACGAAACUGCUCUCCGAAAACCAGGAGCUUCUCAAGGACAAGAAACAACUGGAGCUGAUUUACAAGAACUUGUGCGAGCAAUCUGCUGUCACUGCACAGGAGAAAGGAGAGUUUGCAAGCAGGCUGGAAGAAAUGAAGACCAAGAGAGAGUCCCUGCUCAAAGAGAAGAGGGAAGGGACCAUGAAAUUAACAGAACUUGAGGCUCUUCACAAAAGUGCUAUUUCAGAAAAGCUUGAGGCUGCAAAAACAGCUGAUCAGGCUCUGCACUCCCUGGACCAGAUAACCAAGGAGAAGAACGACGCCCAGGCCUCGCUGGAGGAGACCAAGCAAACAAACCACAAACUGCAGCAAGAGCUUGAUGCAUUAAAACAACAGAACUCAAGGUUUCAAGAGGAGCUUAAUCUGUCUAAAGAGCAACGCGGAUCAGAGAACAAGAGGAUAGACGACCUCCGCAAGGAAAUCGAGGAGCUGAAGCUGGAAGCAUCUCGGAAGUCUCAGCAUCUCUCAGCUCUGCAAGAGGAGAACAUGAAACUGUCUGCGGAGCUGGGCUCGAGCCGAGAGGAAGUCAGCAGCCAUCAGAAGCUUGAAGAAGAGCGGUCUGCCCUUAAUAAUCAGCUGCUAGAAAUGAAAAAGAGCUUGCCCAAUAAUACUUUAAGAGAGUCUUUAUUAAAGAAAGGAUCCAAUGAGGAAAAGGCUUCCUUAGAGAAAUCCAUCCAAAAAACCAGUGCCUUGAUCUCAGAAAAGGACAAAGAAUUGGAGAAGCUCAGAAAUGAGAUUACAGUGUUGCAAGGAGAGAAUGCCAAGAUUAAGACAAUGCAGUCUGCAGUGCAGUCCCUGGAAACAGACAAAGCCAAACUGCAAGAGAAGGUGCAGAAUCUGGAGAAGAAACUCGCUGAAAACAAGAACAAGAGAGAGAACAACACCGGCUCAUCGGGAGACACGGAUCUUGAACAGCUAAGAGAAGACAAGGAGUCUGCAGAGAGCCAACUUGACUUCCUCAAUUCAGUGAUUAUAGAUCUGCAGAGGAAAAACGAAGAGCUGAAGAGCAAACUGCAGACAAUGGCAGAAGCGUCUCUCAAUGGCAAUACUGCCAGUGAACUGGACAACUACGACAGUUUCAGUGAAACCCAGGAGAAGAAGAAGAAACCUGCCCCUCGUCUCUUCUGUGAUAUCUGCGAUUGCUUCGACCUCCACGACACGGAGGACUGCCCCACGCAGGCGCAGAUGCCAGGAACUCCGCCGCACACCGCUUACCAUGGCAGCCGGGGGGAUGAGCGUCCGUACUGUGAUAUCUGCGAGGUGUUCGGACACUUGACCAACAGCUGCAACGACGACGAGACCUUUUAGUGCCAUCAGCCAUUAGAGACACGCUUCUAAAGUUCGCAGAUAUAAUUGAACUGGUUGACUAGUACUGAAACGUGCAAGAAGAUACACACACACACACAAAUAAAUAUGGAGAUUUUUUUUUUCUUUUUUUGGGGGGGGGAUUCGCAGACCCCAGGACGAGCUCUUUCUUGGUCGUCUAAACUGUCACAGGCGACAACCCGCAGUGAACUACAUCUCUAUCACCCUGCUUAUUGAUCAUCUCAGUGUUACACUUUAAAGAAGUCAUUCCUGUUGAAGCUGAAACAUUGCAGUACGUCUAAGGAUGAAAAAUAUGUUCUAAUAAUAAUAAUUAUAAAUCCAAUGAACAACUUUGAUUGACUGUUUUUAAAUUAUUUAGUGAAUGGAUAUGUUUAAGUUUGUUUUUUUGUGUUUGUUAGUACGAUACUUUUUUUAAAAAUGUAUUCUGAUUAUCAGUAAGCAGCUGGUACAUUACAACAUUGGGGUAAUUCUGUGGAAUUGGUGUAAUGUAUUUAAAAUGCAUGUGGCUUAAACAGCUGCAAAAAAAUUAAUAAUUCAAGAAAAUCUAAUUGCAUAAAGUACUAAAAUCAAGUCCUGGGCAAGCCUCGCUACGGGGUUGCGUGGGAGUUGAACAACGUAUUGCACUGCACACUUUGUACUGCAUUGUCAACUCUUUUUAAAUGCUUUGCUUCUAAAAUAGCCUAUAUAGUAGGGUUUCCAUUAUCAAGGCAUAUUAUUAUACUGGGGGAAUAGUAACACUGUUGAAUUAAGGUUUUCUGUAUCGCUUUGUAUGUAAUUAUUUUUUAAUUUUGAAUGUUAUCUUUAGUAUAUGUAAGUGUGAAUAGUAUAAUUGUAUCUUCCAUUACUGUAAAAUAUAUACAUGGGUGGGGAAUAGACCUAUCUAACUGUACAUACGUGUUGUAUUUUUCUGAAAACAAUUACACAAGGUUGUGAAGAAUAUUUUUUUUGUUCUGUUGUAAGUUUGGGUUCUGUAAUGAAUGUAUAGAACUGGAACUGUUGCAGGGAAAAGGCACAUUGUAAAGACAGUAUUAAUCCAAGCACAAUGCAGACUCUGUUUACUUCAAUAAAUGUUAAUUAUCUUCAA